GGUGGGACAGUUUUAGCUCAUCAUUGCAUUUAAAAAAAAAAGCCGACACUCCGUAAAGGCAGCAGCAGAGGGGCAAAAACAAAACGGCGCGUCCCUCUCCUCCGGUGGGUGGGCGGGGUCUGCUUCUCCCUCCGUGUCGCCGCUCCGGCAGGUCACUCGGAUCUGGACACUCGGAGACUCGGACACGCUGGAGAUAAUGUCCCAUUUAUGUUUUUAAGCGUUUUCCCGGAGAAAAAGCGCAAAAUGCUGCUGCUGCCUUUACUGAUGAGCCUCAGCGCGAGCGCACUGGGACAGCUGGGGGACUCCCAGUUCGGAGAUGACUUUGACCCGGAGCUCGCAGACUUUGAUUUAGACAUUGCGCCGCGCAGAGUCCCGCGGCAGGUGAAAACUUUACUCACGAAGGAGACCAAACCUCACAUCCAGGAGCUCUCCAUCAAGACCACCAUCAUCUCCCGUUACGCCUUCACGGCGGUGUACUGCGCCAUGCUCAACCGCCACUCCACCGCCGCAGAGGGCGUCUUCCAGUUCCAGGUCCCCGCCGGCGCCUAUGUCUCCAACUUCACCAUGAUCAUCGGAGGGCGUGUCUACCAGAGCGAGGUCAGGCCGAAGGAGAAGAGGGUCAAGCAGGAGAACGGCAGAGCCAAGAACAAAGAGUCAGGUGAUGCAAG